AUGGUCCGUGCCGCCUGGCGCCUUGCCGACCGUCACGACCUUUCCCGGGGGUUGCGCAAGCGCAUCCGCGCCUUCGUUGCGCACAUAUUCAAGGGUCCAUACGAUCUGGAGGCCGAGGGUCUCAAGUUCCGGAUCUAUCCAGGCGAAAACUAUGACGACCGCAAGAUGCUCGCCAAGGGCAGAUUGCCGGAGCGCGCUGAGCAUGAAUUGCUCGAACCGCAUCUGGGAGAGGGAACGGUCUUUGUCGAUGUUGGUGCCAACAUUGGCUCCUAUUCGGUCUUUGCGGCAAGACGCGGGGCAAGUGUGCUGGCGAUCGAGGCCAAUCCGCAGACGGCACACAAGCUGAGCUUCAAUGUCACGGCCAAUGAUCUGGACAACGUUACGGUGGUCCAUUCUGCGGUCGGGGCCCAGGAAGACACGCUGCCGCUCUGGCUCGAGCCGAGCAAUUGCGGGUUCGCCACCUUCGUCAAGGACCUGACCACAGGCGAGUGGGCGGGAAACUGGGAGCCGACCUAUGUGAAGGUUCGACCCCUGACGGCGAUUGCCGACCAGCAUGGCGUUGCGGCGAUUGAUAUCCUGAAAGUUGACGUGGAAGGUUUUGAGGACCGGGUGGUGCUGCCUUUCCUCAGACACGCGGACAGACAGCAAUGGCCCCGCGUGAUCCUUCUUGAGACGAAUUGCCGGCCCUACUGGUCCGAGGAUUGCCUGCCCGAACUGGCAAGCCGCGGCUAUGAGGUAACGGGCCGGACCGAUGACAACAUGAUCUUCGAACUCAAGGGCUGA